GUGCGUAUGUGUGUGUGCGUGUGUGUGUCUGUGUGUGUGUGCGCGCGCGCGCGCGCGCGACGGGGCCGAGGCUGGGGAGGAAACCGCCCGCGCGGCCCGUGAGGAGGAAGGAGCCUCCCCUUCCUCGCCAGCCCCCUCCCCACUUCCCGUCCGGCGCGGCCGCUCGCUUCCCCCGCCGCGGGCCUCGGGGCGCACGGAGCCCGCCGGCCGCCGCGGAGCUGGAGGCGGAGGAGGCGGAGCGUGAGGAACCGGCGGGGCCCAUGCUGGGCGGGGGUCCCCAGGGCGCCCCGGCCGGUGGCGGCGGGGGCCACCGCGCAGGCAGCGAGGAUCGCUUACCACCGGCAGCGUCUUUUCGGAGGAGGCGGCUGGCACGGAGGCCGGGCUACAUGAGAAGCGCAGCUGGGCCCCGGAUCGGGUUCCUCUCCCCGCCAGUGGGCGCCCAGUUCCGGGCCCAGGGAGGGGCGCGCGGUGAGGAGUCCCACCACGCUGAGUCCAGGGCCGAGCCGUGUGGAGGCCAGUGGCGAGGUCCCUCGGUUGGGAGCCCCGUUCCCAGGAGCACAGCAGCCUUAGCUCUGACCUCCGUGGGCCACCGAGGCCUGGCUCUGGUGGCCGUGAGAGGAAGCCCAGGGCUCCGUGGGACUCAGCCCAGGGCUGGCACCACCCUGCCCAAGAGGCUCCCCAGGCCGUGUGGCCCCGGGGACGCCGGGUGUCCGGGGGAGCUGCCAUCCAUGGACAGUCACGAGGCCCCAAGCGCUCACCAGGAAGCAGUCUGGACCAAAGGCUGUCUGUCCCCGGAGGAGGUGAGGGGCACCAGCUGCGGCCUCGGAAGUGGCCCCAAGGCCCCCUCCCCCACUGCCGGCUCUCAGGAUGUCUUCACCUCCAGCUUUAGUUUCAUUCGCCUCUCCCUGGGUUCCGCUGGGGAACGGGGAGAAGCAGAAGGCUGCCCGCCAUCCAGAGAGGCCGAGGCCCCGCGUCGGAGCCCCGAGGAGACGGAGGCCAAGGCUGCCAGCUUGGACGGAGCCCGCGAGCACCCUCGGGUCCUCUCCUCCCCCUUCGCUCUCAAGGCCCCUCAGGGCCUGGCAGACGCUGCGCAGACCUCGGGGGGCGGCCCCAGGCUGGAGUGUGAGACGUUUCCCUUGUUGGACACGGAUGCCACCUCCUCCCGUGCCCCGGACCCCUCGUGGUUUGAGGGCGGCAGCUCGGGGGAUGCUCUCCGUUGGGACCCUCUGCUUAGCAAAUGCAAGCUGGCGCUGUGGCACUGCCUGCAGGGCCAGCAGAGGCGGCUGGAGGUAAAAUCCUUAAGAUUAAAGCUUCAGAAACUUCAGGAAAAAGCGGUUGAGGAAGAUGAUUACGAUAAGGCUGAGAUGAUCCAACAAAGAUUAGAAGCCCUGGAGAAAGAGAGAAGCAGCCUGCACUUUCAGCUCCCUUCACGGCAGCCGGCCGUCAGUGGCCUCCUGGGACACCUGAGGGCACAGGCCCAGGCCGCCCUGCACCAGGCGGCCCAGAGAGCUAGCAGUGACGACACCCAAGCUGAGCUCAGAACGGAGCCGAAGAUGUUGGAACCCACUGCUCAGGACAACCUGCUUGUGUCCAUCACCAGGCGAGACUGGCUUCUCCAAGAAAAGCAGCAGUUACAGAAAGAAAUCGAAGCCCUCCAAGCCAGGAUGUCUGUGCUGGACGCAAAAGAUCAACAGCUGAGAAGGGAACUAGAAGAGCAGGAGUGGGUCCUCCCGUGGCAGGGCUGCGACCUCAUGGGAGGGCUGUCCCUGGGCGAGUUGCAGGAGGUCAGCAAGACCUUGCAGGACACCCUGGCCUUGGCCGAGCAGAUUCCUGUCCGUGCGGAGCCGCCCGAAACCAUCAGGAGCCUCCAGGAAAGGAUAAAAUCCCUCAACUUGUCACUUAAGGAGAUCACUGCUAAGGUGUGUAUGAGCGAAAGACUCUGCAGUGCCCUGAGGAAGAAAGUUAACGAUAUUGAAACCCAACUGCCGGCGUUGCUUGAAGCCAAAGUGCUUGCCAUCUCAGGAAACCAUUUCUGUACAGCCAAGGAGCUCACGGAGGAGAUUAGAUCAUUAACAUCCGAGAGGGAAGGGCUGGAGGGACUUCUCCACAAACUGUUGGUGCUGAGUUCCAGGAACGUCCAGAAAUUGGCAAGUGUUAAAGAAGAUUACAGCAGCCUCAGGAGAGAACUGGAUCAGGGGAGAACUGCCUAUGAGACUGAGGAACAGUAGGGGCUGAAUACCAAACUCCAGGUCUGCCCUGAGAAGGUCACCCAACCCUGAAAUUCCCCAGUGUCUGGAAUCCUGAGAAUGCAGCAGCCUUCAGAGGUGAAGUAAUUUUCCUGACGGAUUACACAAGAAUCCUCUGAUGUUGAAGCUUAUGAGAUUCCUGGAGUUGCUCUAGUGGGUUUUUUUUUUUUUUCUUUUCAAUUUUUAAUUUACUUCACAAAAUAUCAUAAGAAUAAAACACAUUUGAAAAAUCGAACAAAAAAUGUCCAUCAUCCAACUUUUGUAGCAGAGCCCCUGGGUGCAUUUUUGCUGUCCCCUCCAGUGCCUGGACCACACGUAGACAUUUUUCACACUUGUACUCAGAGUAUGGGCACAACUGUACCUUCUUAGCCUUAUGUGACAGUAAUGAAAGCAUUACAUCAUUCAAUCCUUAUGGCUGUACGUUCAGAAAAAUGAAUCAUUCUAUUCUACUGAUGCUGAAACUGAGGCUCAGUGAGCUGGGAGCGUUGUGGAUGGGAGUGAACAGCUGGAACGUGACUCAGACCUGUCUGGUUCCAGAGCUGGAUUCCUCAUCACGUAUUUCCAUUUCCUUGUUGUAACACAGCGUUCCAGUUUGGUAUUUAGAAUCUGUAUAACAUUCUAAGAAUCAAUAUACCAUGACCUACUUAACUCUCUCCUUAUUUUGAUUUGGUUAAUGAUCAGUUUAUGAAUUCCUUUCUGAAGGUAAUGUGAGAAUGGGAUUUCUGGGCCAAAAAGCACAAUCAUUUUAUGACUUGAUACAUCCUGCAAAGACUUUCAAAAAGAUUAUACCAGUUUAACUGAUACUCCCAGUCCAUCCUUUCCAACACUAAAGGUUAUUUCUUAAAAAAAUUAUGUAGCAUCAUAACAAUAAUGAAAUGGUAUUUGAUUCAUGAUUUAUUUUGGCAUAUAUUUGACUAAUAAUGAGGUUGAACUUGCUUUUUUGGUGCCUUUAUGAUUUUUCCCAUUGUGUAUUAUCCAUAUCCCUUGUCCUUUUUUGGGGGAGGGGUGGGGAGAACUUGAUGGUUUCCUAAUCUUUACCUAAUAUGGUUAUUAUUAUUUUUUCCUGUUUGUAUGUUGUGUGUAUAUGUGUGAAAUUAACCCAUUAUCAUGAUUAAUAAAGGACCAAGAGGAGAAAUCUUUAUAAACAAUGAUAACAUGUUGAGGUAACAGAGUGAAUUCUGAAACUUCUUGAGGCUUAGGGUGCAAAGCAUUUAACAAACAACGUAGGUUUUCCCGAGUAGAGGCAUUGUUUCCACUCGGUGUAUUAACAUUUACUGGCCCUGGCCUUUAAAACAACUGUGAUGCAGAGGGAACAGCUGCAAUUGGGACCUUAAUAAACCAAUCUCACUUUUUACAAGAAAUCUGUGGAAGGGAGUGUUUUACAUUUUCACGACCAUUAAAAUAAAGAAGCUGAGAGAAACGUGCAGUGUCAUGUCCAUUGCCUUACUUUUUCUGUAUGAUGUAUCUUACAUUGAGUACUUCACUGUAUUUUGGCCUUUUAAAAAAAUUUCCCAUUUACUUAAAUAGAUCCAUUAGAAAAACCGCUCCUGCCGAUGGGAAUUUUUUUCUUCCCAAGCAUGCUGUUAUCUCACGGACUAAAGGAGCGUGUCUACUGAUGGUGUGUAGGGCCGCUGAGGCUGCAGUUUGAGGGAGAGUCACAGGACUUGGUGAUGGAGGCUGGCCUGGCGUGGUGAGGGCCAGACGGAUGGGGUGACCUUUGAAACCGUCACUGGCUUUUCAUGGAGAGCAGUUGGGUCUGUGGCAUGUCUCUCCCCUUCUCUCCACAGACAAUAAGCAGUGCUGGGUGUUAAGUCAAAGAUCCCUUUCCAUGGACGAUGUGUCAUCACCGUAAAUGACUACGAUUGGGGUUUAGGAAGGCACCGCCUUGUCUACUGCCGCUCUUGGGUAUCAGAUUCUCCCACCGCCCCAAUCACCUGUUCCUAUGCCUUUUGGCUGUGGGUUUCUUUCCUCUACCUUUGGAAUAUCCCGCACCCUCAUCCACCCAAGUGCCCACUCCCUACAUCCCUUCUGGGCGUUACCCUGACCGCUUCCUCUGACCCGCUAAACUUCCCUCGGUCUCUGCGUGCUUGGAUGCAGCGUGUGAAGUGCUCCCUCAUCUCUCCAGGAGCAGCUCCCCUGAGAUCUCUGUGAAGAUGCUCUCUAGCAGCAGAGCUCACUGACUUGCCUCUCUGUAUACUCUUCUUUUCUUUU